UUUAUUUCUCCCGCAGAACCCCCUACAUCCGUAGAGGGGGUUUCGUACUUAUACCCGUUUCGGAGCAUUUUCGUUGAAGCAAAUGGCGGUAGCGGCAGAAGCGUUUCGGGGAGCGAUGGCUUUGAGCAUGGUGGGGGCUUAAGGGGGGGACUGAAAGCCUUCGCUUUUGGACGGCCAGCGGGGGAGGGCAGCGCGGAUGGGUUGCGGUGGAAGCAAGGCUAACGCAAUCGAGCCACGCUACUAUGAAAGCUGGACCAGGGAGACCGAAACGACAUGGCUAACAAACACCGACACCGAGGUCCCCCAGCUGGGUGUCAUCAACAAAAAUCACGGCAAUGCUGAAAAAGAAGGCGCCGCAACAUGUGCAGGUAAGGGGGAUGAGGGAAAACAGGAGAGCGCUGGCGCCUCCCAUCGGCCGAAAAAAAUGGUGAAUGCCUGCACGCAGUGUGGGAAAGAGUCCCUGCCCUCAGGCGCGGGCACCAACUGCCAGAGGGGGUCUUCUUAUCAUGAGGAGGUCACAGAGGAAUCCGGAAGGGAGGCACGUGGGGGCGGAGCAGACAGCCCCCAGGAGAUGAGCGUCAGGCCGGCGACGCCCCAGGGUGUGAAAUAGGGCCCAGCAUUCCCAGGAGGACCCCCACCCGAAGGCCACACCUGGAGUGUCUGCUCUCCGUGUGACUGACCGAGGCUGCUGGAGGAGCUGUUUUUAUUAAACAAGCCAGGAGGCGCCGAAAGCGGCCUGGCAUGGUGACGGGCUGUCGGCAGGCGCGUGCAGAAAGUUGCCUUUUGCUGUUUUGAAAGUGCCGCUGCGUCGUCCACCGUCAAUGAUCGUGCCGGUCCAUCGAUAGGACGUUCCUCAGUCCUCAACCAUCAUGUCCACCAUGAAUUUCCCUAGAACUAGCAGUUAAAACAUGCCAACUCGUCUGAAUGCUUAAUGAAAUAUCCUGCUUCGAUACAUGAGAAUAAGAAGUAUUUAAAACCACAAAAUCUCCUGUUAUACAGAUAUGUUCCCAGGCCUUAAUUAAUGGAUGACUUUCUUCUCUAACUGUUAUGUGUCCAGUGUUAUUUCUUCUGUUAAAUAAAAGAAACCACCAUCUU